UCAUAACAAUUCAGUUCCAUCACUGCCAAUAUGUUAAAACCAUUACUGAUUCUCCUAUUUUAUUUCGUGUGUUUUGUUUGGUGCUGCAUUCGGGAGCCAAGCAUCUACCACUCAAAAGUACCCAAAUUGCCGGGCGAUAAUGGUUUCCAAAUCCGAAUUAAUGAAAAUCCGGAAAAGUAUAUCCCGGGCAAAGUUUACACCCUUUAUUUAAUGGGUUUAAAGACUCACAACAAAUUACAACACUUUAAACGCUUCACAAUCAACGUCGAGGCGACCAAUGAGCCUGGCAACUUAUCACCACAACGAGUCGGUAGCUUUCAGUUAUUCAGCGAUUCGAUUUCUAAAUUUAACGAGGAAUGUGUAAAUACAAUUUCCGAAAGCAAUGAUUCGCCAAAAACCGAGGCCUUCUUCAUGUGGGCUGCCCCUCCACCAGGCUCAGGUUGUGUCACCUUCAAGGCCAUGGUCCUGCAGGAUUCCACUCACUGGUAUGCCGAUGAGGGCAACCUUACUAAAACUUUCUGCGAGCAAACGGAAAAAGACAUAAAAUUGGAUGAAAACGACUGUUGUGCUUGUGACGAGGCCAAAUAUAGCAUGAUUUUUGAAGGUAUUUGGUCGAACAAAACACACCCCAAGGAUUUUCCGUUUUCCUUGUGGCUGACUCACUUCUCAGAUGUAAUUGGGGCGUCGCACGAGAAGAAUUUUAGUUUUUGGGGUGAAGGCCAAAUUGCUUCUGAAGGGUUCAGAAGUUUGGCGGAAUGGGGGUCUGUAAGGCUUUUGGAAACUGAAUUAAGGGCCAAAAGUAAAUAUUUGAGAACUAUUAUUAAAGCAGCUGGAUUGUGGUACCCAAAUGUCAAUACUAACACUUCGGCUAAUUUUAGAGUCGACAGGCGACACCAUUUGAUUUCUUUGAGUUCAAUGCUUGGGCCUUCUCCGGAUUGGGUUGUCGGAGUUAACGGUUUAAAUCUUUGUCUCAAAAACUGUACUUGGAUUGAAGAUUUGAUCAUCGAUCUCUUUCCAUACGAUGCUGGAACUGAUAGUGGGGUCUCAUACAUGUCACCAAACGCUGAAACGAAACCGAGAGAACGCAUGUAUCGCAUCACUACGACUUAUCCUGAAGAUCCCAGAGCCCCAUUUUACGACCCCUCGAAAAAAGAAAUGACACCCCUAGCUCGACUUUAUUUAAAACGCGAAAAGUUAAUUCCGAAAAAUUGCGAUGAAAACUUCCUAAACGCCCAACUUGACUUUAGUGAAAACACUGAAGAAGUUAACAGACCCGAAUGUGCUGUCACCGAAUAUAACGAAUGGAGUGAGUGUUCCGUCACUUGUGGUAAAGGUUUGCGAAUGAGAAGUCGCGAAUAUCGAAUGCCUCAAAAAGCCAAAAUGUUCAAUUGCAACCGCCAACUGAUUUCGAAAGAAAUGUGUGUGGCUACAGUGCCAGAAUGCGAUGGAGGAACCCCCGACGAAGAAGAAGAAUCAAUCGACGAUAUUCCCUUAGAGAACAACGAAGGAUUUUGCGCGACUUCUCCUUGGGGACCUUGGUCCGAAUGUUCCGCCACUUGUGGAGUGGGUUUUAAAAUGCGUACUCGACUAUUUAUCGACAGAAUGGGUCGGAAAAAGUGCCCACAUGUCACUGUUGUAGAAAAGGAGAAGUGUAUGGGGCCCCCUUGUACAGCUGAACAAAUUGAAAUCCCUGAUCCCAUGUGCCCCACAACUGACUGGAGUGACUGGAGUCCUUGCAGUGCUUCCUGUGGGAAAGGAGUUAAAAUGAGGACUCGGUUGUUAUUGGUGGAGCCAGGAUUGCAACAAAAAUGUAGUUCGAGGGUGGAAUUAGUGCAGCAAGCACCUUGUAUGGACACUCCUGAUUGUACCAUAGACAUGGCAACAGCCAAAGUCAUUUGUAUGCAAGAAAGUGAGCCUGGACCUUGCACUGGUUACUUCAAUCGUUGGUAUUUCGAACCCCGGAAAAUGAUGUGUGUUCCGUUUAUUUAUGGAGGUUGUAGAGGAAACAGAAAUAAUUUCUUAACGGCUCAGGAAUGUAUGGAAGCGUGUCAAGUAGUAAGAGAUGCUUUGAAGGGAAAUAUCAAUAAUGAAAAUGUAAAUUCGAAUCCGUCAGCAGUUGCGUCCAGUAGCGGAAAUAAUGACAGAUUUGUUGAUUGUAUGGUUUCGGAAUGGUCCCCUUGGUCUCAGUGCAGCGUAACUUGUGGGAUCGGAAUUUCCGAAAAGUUUCGAAUGGUGAAAAGACCAGCAGAAAACGGAGGGCGACCUUGUCCCUCGAGACUCGUCAAAAAGAGACGUUGUAGAGGACCUCCUUGCGUCUAACAAUCAUUAAUAACUCCUUAUUUACUUAAAAAUGACAUUAGGGCCAUUGUUAUAUUUUAAAGCAAUAAACGACUUAAAGGAA